CAGUGUGGAUGCUGGAGAAGCGAGAUGCAGGAGGAGAGUGAGGAUGAUGAUGAUGAUGAUGAUGAUGUGGGGAAGAGGAUGGAGGAGGUGGAGGAGGACCAUACCCGAUCUGACACCACCGAUUUCCUUCUGUGCAUGCAACAUCUGUAAGCCGGUGCAGGCUGUCGUGGUCGUGGAGGUGUGGGGAUUGUGCUAAGGUCGGAUUUGUUGAGCUCGGAGUGCAGGAAACCGCGUCGUGUCGCUGUGGGAUUGGGCUUGCGCGCGGAGAUGCAGUGCUCCUAAGCGCUUAGUAUGCAGCCUGCACGAGGGAGCGCAUGCACAGCGCUGCACAACGCCUCUCCAAAUCAUCAGCGAGCUGAAAGCUCACCAUGGUGGAUCCACUGGAACCCGAGGACCAGAAUAAGAUCAAAUGUCCAUAUUUUGAGACCCCGGCUGCAGCAUCUGAAGCCCCUUGUCUACCUGAGCAGGAUGAAGAUGGGGAAAAGGAAAAGGCUACUCUUGACUCUCAAGAACAAGAACCCAGAUUUGGGCCGGAACAGAGCCCUCAAGGUAGCCAGUUACAGAACAGUGAACCUGAACCUCCUAAGCUACAUCUAGACCUUUACAACUUUGAUUCCCCAGCUGCAGAAGGCAGCCGUUAUGUGCUGACCAGCCCUCGUUCACUCGAGGCAUGCGCACGAUGUGGAGUCAAACCAGUGGAACUUCUGCCUCGACCACUGUCUGAUUUUGCACGUGAAGCACCUGGCCAUAGCAUGCGUGUAGCCACAGGGAUGUUUGAAGUGUAUGAGAGGGACAGACAUGCUAAACUCAGACAGUGCAGAGAGGAACGAGAAAGAAUAGUUCAAGAGGAGAAAAGAAGGGCCCUGCAGUUAGCAGUGAACAACAGCAGCAGAUCACAGGAUUCAGAGAAGCCUCAAGAUACAACCAACCCUGGAGUAACUAAGCAAACUGUUACCUCUGGUCCCAUUGCCAAAACAUCACCUGCUAGCCGGGUUCCGUCAAAACCACAUACUACACCAAUGUCACAGCCUGUAUCAAAAAAUAUACCUCAGUGCUCAGAACAAUUAGCAAAAACACCCCCUUCGUGUGCAAGUUCCUCUACUAAAAUGAUUUCAGCUCAAUCCUUAACAGCAAGUCCAAUGAGCACUGGGGAUACUGUUAGAGGGACAUCUGUAAAACAGUCUAAAUUACUAGUUGCUGAGUCUGCUGGAAAGACUCAAGGAUUCAUACCUCCAAAAUCAAUUACAUCAACAACAGGAGCACCAGUAUCCAAAAAACCAUCUAGUACCCUAUCAAAGUCUGCAAACACAUUCCCCAGGACAACACCAAAGCCUUCAUCUUUUCCAAGGAUGUCAUCAUCUCUUGCGCCAGUUGUAUCAAAAUCGGCAGCACAGAGCCCUGCCAAUGGCAUCACUAGUCCAUUUACUCAGCACAAUGGGCACAUUAUUGCCAUGUCAAAAGCCAGAGAGAGAAGCCAUUCUUUAGAAUCCUUACAAAGAAGAAGGGAAGUGGUUAGCUCUUCUAAUACUUCAACAACUACCACAACAGCAACAACAACCACAUGUGCCUCUUCAGAGUCAGCGUCCUCCUCUUACAGCUGGGAAGGGGCACGGGAUCACUGGGGUAAGACCUCUAGUCCUCGUGCUCGCACCUUAGCUACCUUUAACUCUCUGAUGGGCCGUAGCUUAAGCUUGGGAGAUCUGAGUCACUCUCCGCAGACUACACAGAAGGUAGAGCGCAUUGUAAAAGAGGUAAAGCGUCGAGGCCUAAAGGCUGUACCAGAACGUGACCGUAAGAUUGCAGCAUUAAUGCUAGCCAGGUACCAAGAAGAAGAUAUCAUGAGUCAGACACGCUAUGUCGCACAUUUGCAGUGGGACAGCGAACGCCGGAUAGAGGAGCUGCGGCGAGAACGUGAAGAACGUGAUAAACAGCGAGCAGUGCUUCAGUGCCAGCGAGCGUGGCAGUCACAAGUUUCUACCAGGCAGCGGAGACUCAGCCAGCAGGAACGGGAGGCAGCAGCGGCCAAGUUACGCCGGGUGGCUGAAAGUGAGGAGCGUUGGAGGGAAUUAGCUGAGCAACAAGAGCGAAGCAGGUUGCAAAAACUUCAGCAGGCUGCUCGUGAGGAGAAACUGAAGAAGGCCAUGCAGGAGCAGAACUUAAAAGCCAUGGAAGAAGAGCGGACUGCUAUGUUGGAGCAUGAGAAGGUGCUCAUCAAAGAGAAGCUGACCAUUGCAGAGUUGAAGAGGCAGGAGCGAGAGCACCAGAUGCUGGAGGAGCUUCGUGGCCUCAAUCGUGCUGAAAAGCGGAGGCAUACAGCACUCAUCCAGGAGAUUGAGCGCCGCGAAGCAGACGAGCGCGAGGAGGCGCGGCGGACAGCGGAUGAGAAGCUGAGCCGCUCACUGGAGAACUAUGAGCAGAUACAGGAGCGACGUGGGCAAGAGCUACGGGAGAAAGCCAAGCGUGAAGAACAGCAGAUCCAGAAAGCAAGAAAGGCUGCUGAGCAGCGCGAGCGGCAACAGAAAGAGCAGAUGGAGGCCCGGGUGAGGGAAGCAGUGAGGCGGGCACAGCAGGCCACCACGGUGGCAGAGGAGAGGGCCCGAGAAAAAGCCCAGCGUGCUGUCCAGAGCAGAAUGGAGAAAGAACGCCUUCAGAAACUAAAUCGUCAGAAAGUGGAGGAGGAGGAGAAGCAGAGGCGCCUGGAGUUGCUCCAAUCAAUAGAGCGCAAGCUAGAGAAAAGUGAACAGAUAUUCCGUGAAAAACGUGCUGUGUUAGAAAGUGCCCGCUCAGUAGCACGUGCCUCCUUCCAUGUCCGAGACCGUGUGCGAGAAGAGACCAACAUGCGCACCUUUGACAAGAUGGUCCUAGAAGCACAGUUAAAGGCUAGUUUGGAUGAAAAGUGAGAUGUUUACUCUCUACAUUUACCUACUACCGGAAACGAGCAGCUUGAGUCUCCAUGGCAGCCUCAUCAGAGAACUGGACCCACAGCUUUGCUGAAACAUAUCUUUUCACAGAAACAUGUUUCUUUUCCAACUGUUGAGCCAUUUAUCAUGAACAAAAUACAUUUCUCUUAGUUUUGUCACUGGUUGUUGUGUGUGGAUGAAUCGCUUGCAGUCGUAUGCCUGUUUUGUAACAUGGCAAAUAGCCAAACUUAUCUGAAGACUGUUCAUAAAGAGAUUGUUGUUUACUAGUUAGAAAGUCACCAUUUCAUCACUGAUGACUUAUUUUGUUAAACGCGAACAAAGGAGAGUGCAGAGUGCUUCAUAGGACAGAACUGGGUGCAUGAUUAUGUUACAAGUCCCAAUCUGACACCUGCUGACGGUAAACCAGGACUUGCCUAUGUGUGACAGACAGCGCUGACGAUGCAGGGUUUGCGUGAGGACAUGGCAAAGAGUGAUCUCAGCAGAGUUCAGGUUCUGAUGAAGCAGUGAAGUGUUGGUUCAGCAUCAGGAUCCAUGAACCUGCACUGACAUUCUGCAUUCUCUCACAGUCAGGUCAUAUGCUUAUGCUUAUGUAACUCUGGAGAUGAUGAAGGUGGCAUCCAUUGCGUGAGCUGCAGACUGUUCCCAAUAAAACGCACAAGAAUGCUGAUACCUGUGAUCUCAUAUUCCUCUCCUAUUUAACAGUGAUUAGGAUAAGUGUGACUUUAAUAAGCAUUUAAAUAGUAUAUUUUCUGAUGUACAGCUACAGUGUCAGGCAUGGAGUACAUUUUUAAAUGGGAUAAAAACAAUACAUGAACAGCCAUCUCAUUAUCAUUUACUGACACAUAUCAUUGCUGGAUUUCUGCUACAGUUUUAAAGAUGGCCUACUAAAGGAAAAAUAGUGCUGUUUGGCAAAAAAAAAAAAGUAUACUGUGAAAUGAAUCUUAAUUUCAUAUUCUGCAUCAUGCUUGCGCUGUAUCAAUUUAGAUUGGCAAUGCAGGGUAUUUUCUCUGGAUAAAAGAAAAACAUGAACGUCAAUAUCUUCAUUAAAUUAUGUAAAAUAGAGUAAAAACUACAAUUUGGAUGAUUAUCGGCUGUCAUAUUCUCAUAAUGAAUUUUUUUUUUGGAAAAUGUAAUAGGUGCCAUUGACUAGUACAGUAAAUCACUUGCUAUAACAAUAAACCUGAAAUGCUGUUAGUUACAGCACAGCAGUAUUAUGAUGACGUGUGUGUAUCAGUCGAGUGCUGUACUUUUUGGUCCAACACCACAUGCUCAAACUCGCAAGAUUUAAAAUAUUAAACUCUCACAUGAGGAAGAAGACGAAGAAGCUGUUGGGUGUGCACAAACAAAACUAAAAAUAUACGAUCUAACCUGCUUAAAACAGUACUGUUUUGUGAAUAGGAUGCUGUAUGGAUGAUUAAAGAAAAUAAAGUCUGAACUUUUCAAUGAGUG